AUGGCUUUUCACAUGGAACUGCAAGGGCUUCCAGCUGUUGCCGCUGCCACCUUCUUGGAGGGUGAGUGGAGCCACAUAGUUCUUGAGGGCACAAUCCCGGUUUCAGCACCAGAGCAGCCUACGCAAGAUGGGCUGAAAGUGCCCACUGCUGGAGACCCACGAGGGAAGCAAGGAGGCACAGGAGUCGCUGAUGACUCGUUUGCGUCGGAAGAGAGAGAUCUGAAAGACGCUUAUAUCAUUAGCCGCAGCUUGACGGCUGCGGAAAAAGCUUCGGUUUCCUUCCUCGCUGCUACGGCAAAAGCGUCAGCAGCAGGAAACGAAGAGGCAGACACCGUGGGGAAUGACCAGUUGGGACUGGAUGACGACUAG